CAAUGCUGAAGGCGCUAACUAUCGUGGCGGCACUGGCGGCAUGCAGAGGAGAAGGCGGCCUCUCUCUCCCUGCAUCCUCGUCCCUCAGCCCCUAUGCACGUUCCUCCCCCCUCCUGGUCGCGCAGGCUCAGCAGGGCGGUGCGCUGGCGAACCGCCUACGAGGAGGAUCGGGAUUUGUUGAGAAACACACAGGAAUCACUUUCCCGGAGACCGUCAAGGCAGGUUCAAAGCUCCUAAAGUUCAUUGGAGCUGGCGAGAGGAAGAAGGCUAUCCUGGGGCCCGUUGCUGUGAAUGUGUACGCGGUGGGGAUGUACGUUGACUCCGACGCUGCAAAGGCGGCGGCUCCCAAGGACGAGAAGUCUGCGAAUAAGGCCCUCCUAGAGGGCUCGUACCCUAAAGCGCUCAAGAUCGUCAUGGCUCGAACCGUUGGAGCUGAGAAGAUCGGAAAUGCGCUUGCGGAGUCUCUUGAGCCCAGGGUCAAGGGGACAGAUGCGCCGUUGGAUGCGUUCAAGAGCUUCUUCGGCUCGAUGAGCAAGUUGGAGACGAACAAUGAGAUCGACUUCAUCCAGAUGGGAAGUGACCUCCAGGUUUCAGCUCUUGGACAGAAGAAAACAUUUUCGUCAGCUCCUCUUUGCAAGGCUAUGUUUGACAUUUACCUGGGUGAGUCUCCAGUUUCUGUUCAUGCCAAAGAGUCUAUGGUCGCAGGUCUGCUCAAGAUGUGCGGGAAGUGAGCAGGUCAAAUUUCGAUCGCCAGCUAAGCCCCAGCUCAGCCGUGUUUCUCGCCUGACGAGCCCAGCACCGGGGGGAGGGGGAGAAGGCAAAGAACCAACGAUCUCGAACCGUGUGGUCGGCAACGAGAGAUCAGCGUCUAAGAAUACAUUGACACCUUC